CUGCAUCAGUCGAUGCCUGCGCGCGAAGCUGGCUGCAGCACAUGAAAAUGUUGAUUUGAUAGCAGGCCUCGCUCCUUGUCAACCCGGAAAUUUAAUCUUACCUCCUUCCACCCGUUAUUAUCCUCAUCCUGCGUAUAUUCUCCAUCAUCCUACCUCUAAGGGAGCAGGCGCAUGUGCUGAUCGGGAGAUUGCGCCACGGCUGCCACGGUACCGUAUCAUCGUUCUGCAUCGCUUCAAGUUAUCUUGCUCCCGGUGAAUGAAUUGAGCGUCGGGGAGGAUUCGGGAGAGCGUAGACCUGGUUCGUGAGCAGAGUCUUUCGCGGUCGACAGCCAUGACCGAGCCCCAGUACGACGCCCGCAGUACCAUGGUGAAGAAUAAACUGGAGAAGCAGGAUGAAAUUGAGGUGCAGUCGGAUGAGGAGGAGGAGACGGUCAAGGAGCAACCGCCAGCCGUACCACCGGCCAAGCAGACAUCACGACGUAAGUCCAAGAAGGGCACAUCGCCCCAUCCCGAACGACCACCCAAUCCGCGGAUUGUGGCGGAGAAGCUGCCCAAACAGACGAGUGCUCCAUCGGGCGGUGAAAAGAGCCUGAUGAAAUCGGAAGGUGAUGCGCACGCGAGAAAAUCAUCGGUGCCCGUGGCACAUGUUCACAUUACGGAAACCGGGGAGUUUCAUAAGCGCAGCGAGCUGGCCACACCGCAGCGCCAUUUAGGCUCGCUGGCCUUUUCGAGCCUGUCAACCGAAGAAUCAUCGAUCUGUGAUGCGGAUGCUUUAAGCCGGCACAUGGGAACAUUAUCCCUUCAAGGAUCUUUACAAGACGAAUCUUAUGGAACGACUGACCGGAAUACGGAAGAGUUUGCUACGACGGCGGAGUUCCUUAUGCACACAUGGCACACCAAUCAUAAGGAUCGACAGUUUCUACUACAGAAUGAGAAACUCUUGGAAGAUCUGGUUAAUGGGCGCGAAGAGCAUUAUGUGGGCGGACUGAACUCCUAUUACCGCAUGCUACUGCACCGUCUGGCGGAUGUGUGGGGUGUGGAACAUAAUCUUGUCAGUGUCAAUGGCCAGGCGAAGAUUUCCUUGAAAAUUACGGAGGAUAGUAAAAAGCCGGAUCAAUUAUUCCGUGAUAUGGCCGAUAGAGUGCCUGAUGAGCCGGGCAAGGCAUUAUUGAAGCGGCCUAAAAAUAAUUCCCUACCGGAAAGCAACUCACUGCCGGCUCCCGCGCAUGUCAUGCGUCCGGCCAGAUCCCUGGAAGAACGUCAGGCCCAUUAUGAUCAGGUCCGCGAACGGAUAUUCAACACCGCGGAUCACGGGACGGACAACAUGCCAAAACCAUACGGACUGGAUCCGCAUCAUGGUGAGAGGUCGGAUGGCAAUCAUGUUGGCUAUCAUCGGUCCCGGAGUGCCAUUAGCGAGACCGGCAGUGAAGCAGCAUUCGACGAACAGCACCAGAAUCGGCUGGCAUACGGCCAAUUUGCCGGUCGACCUAUCAUGGUGCAGCCGAUGGGCAUGUACCCGUCGCCCUACAUCUAUCCCGGCCCGAUGAUGAGCUACGGGAACCCGGAGAUGGCCGUGGAUGCCAGUGCGUACGCGGGGGGCUACGUGGGCGCCCAGCCGCCCUACUAUCCCAUGUAUGGACCACAGUAUGUGCCCGCCCAGUCCCUGGUGUAUCCCGGAGUGGCCUAUGGGCAGCAGCAGACGUUCCCGCAACAGUACUUUCCUGCACAGAACACGAUGGAUCCCAGCCAAACUCCUUCAAUGUAUGACCAACCUGCCGGCCAGUAUCUGUACGCUCCUUACCCCGCCCCGCCCCUGGAGAUGCCCGUCACCGGCCCCGGUCCGCAUACUGCCUACCUCCCGCAUCCGGCGGCCACGGAGUCACAACCCUAUAUGUACGAUCCCAAUCCGCGACAGGCGCCACCCACCCCCACUCAGGAUCCGCGCUUCGGGCCGCCGCUGAUCCGGCAGCCGCUGCUGGACCACCCCGAAGCGGCACGGGCCGUCGGCGGACAUCCGCAUGAAGGGUGGAUUAUUCCGCUGCAGCUGCCCGGUCAGCCGGGCGGCGGGAUGUUCCUAAAGAUCCCGGCGCCCCGACCGCCACCGCCGGCGGCCAACCAGGCGGCGGCGACGGGCGAUGGUGUAGCGCGACAGUCGUCGAGUAGUGGACGGAGUUCGGCGGAGAAUGUCGGGUAUUACAAGCAGGAGUACCGGUCUCCGUCGCCCAAGGAGGGCAAUCAGGCCGAAGGGAAUUAGUGGGCCGUGGCGGGCGUUUUGCUAACCAAAGUGUGUGCUGUGCGGGAUGUUGUUUGUUGCGCGCGCGUUUAUUAACAAACAGAAUGUGAUACUUACCCCAAGUGGAACUUAAUUUUGCUUCGGCGCGGGUGGGUUGACUUUUUAGAGAUAAUUGUCGUGGGGAAAUGUAAUGGUUUUAUUUUUGCGAUUGAUGAUGUGGAGUAUUUUUGUGGAGAAACGGCGAGAGAGGUGCUUUUUAUCGGGUGGUUUCUUGGUGUGGAGGAGGACGUGUUGAGUGUCCCCUGAAAGAAUCCCGGCGCGUUGUCUGUGGUAGAAGACGUGUUAUUUUGAUUUUUUUGGGAACCGGUUCUUAACCUAAUUUGUGUCUGUUUUUAAUAUGAUAACGGUGAUGUUGUUGUUUUGCGUUUUUCUGGAUAGUAGUAAUUAGACUAGUGAGAAUGAGAAGGAAAUGGGUCUUCACUG